CAAGGGAGGUUGGGGGCUUGAGAAAAAGGAGGUGCCCUUGAGGCUCCAGGGCUGGGCCAGUUUCUGUAUCCCCCUCCCUAUCUGUAACUCUUUUGCCUCUUGGAUUCUUUCUAACCACCCCUUUGCCAGUCUCCCAAAUCUGUCUCUGACCUCUGCUCUGUCUCUUCCCAUGGAGCGGAAGGUUGUCCUCAUCACAGGCUGUUCCUCUGGAAUUGGUCUGCAUCUGGCCUGGCGCUUGGCAGCUGAUCCUUCAGGCAGUUUCAAAGUGUAUGCCACUCUACGGGACCUCAGGGCUCAGGGCCCUCUCUGGGAGGGUGCACGGGUUCGAGGCUGCCCUCCAGGGUCCUUGGAGACACUACAGCUUGAUGUGACCGAUCCCAGCUCGGUGGCUUCUGCCCGAGACCACGUGUCGGAGGGUCGGGUGGAUGUCUUGGUGUGCAAUGCUGGCCGUGGCCUGCUCGGGCCACUGGAAGCCCACGAAAUGGAGGCUGUGGGUUCCGUGUUAGAUGUGAACGUGGUGGGAACAGUGCGUAUGCUCCAGGCUUUCCUUCCAGAUAUGAAGCGGCGUGGUACAGGCCGAGUGCUUGUCACUGGGAGUGUUGGCGGGCUGAUGGGCUUGCCCUUUAAUGCAGUUUACUGUGCUAGCAAGUUUGCACUGGAGGGUCUAUGUGAGAGUCUGGCUGUGCUGUUGCUGCCCUUCGGGGUCCACAUCAGUCUCAUAGAGUGCGGCCCUGUUCGCACCGCUUUCCAGGAGAAACUGGAGGGGGGACCUGGUGGAGUUUUGGGAAGUGCUGACCUGGACACUCGGGCUCUCUUCUCCCGCUAUCAGCGCCACUGUGAGCGGGUCUUCCGAGAGGUGGCCCAGGACCCAGAGGAUGUGGUGGAGGUAUUUGUCCAAGCCCUCUGUGCCCCUCGCCCUGUCCUGCGUUAUUUCAGCACUGAGCACUUCCUGCCCCUGGCAGGGCUCCGAUUCUCUGAUCCUGGUGGCUCUCAAUAUGUAGAAGCCAUGCACCAUGCUGUCUUCACGGAGCUGGAGGAAGGGGAGGCCCAAAGUGGGUCUUUUCACCCUGAGGCAUCCCCUCAAUAAAAUACACCCUCCCCACGUCACUAACCAGUCUUGUGGCUCUUCACUCAUUUGUGCUCUAAAGGCUAUAGGCAGCAAAGAUGGGGGCUUCUAGGAAAGGGCUAUUUGCCCUCCUUGUUGGCCUGAUGUACAGGGUAAAACCCCUCCCCUCGCCCAACAACAAACCUUAGUCUGGGUAACAGGAGAGAUCAGGUCCCACCUACUACAGACUUUGUUAGUGAAUGACUCAGGCCUUAUUUCCAUUCCCAGCUUUUCCUUUGGUAUUUAAUUCAACAAGCAUUUUCCAAGUAUCUAUUGUGUAUAGAAAUCUUGGUGCAAAAAGGAGGCAGCUGACCAGUGUCAAAUACCCAGCACAUUUCUAGCAACACUCUAGUUUGGCCAGAACCCAAUGAAAAUAUAACGGAAAUAUUUCAUUAAAAAAAUAACACAAUAGAAGGCAGCUGGGUAGCUCAGUGGAUGGAGAGCCAGACCUAGCGACAGGAAGUCCCACAUUCAAAUCUGGCCUCAGACACUUCCCAGCUAUGUGACCCUGGGCAAGUUACAACCCCCAUUGCCUAACCUACAUAGUAUUUAUUUUAAGGUGGAAGGUGAGGAUUAAAAAAAAAAAAGAAAUAACACAAUAGAGCAUAAGUAACAGCUUUCCAGAGUCAACAUGCAGCCACAGGAAUGGCCUCAUUUCUUUUUGAAUUUGACCGCACUGAUAUGGAUGAUUCCUUCCAGCACUAACAGUACUCAGUUUGAAGUUACUUAAGAACUUCAGUUUUGAUUACUGCACCUUUGUGAGCCUCCGUUUUCUCAUCUGAAAAAUAGAGCAGAGACAUCAACCUGCCUACCUCACUGGUUGUUGUGGGGAACUGAUUGAGAGAAUUGUUGAGAAAGAGAUUUUUAAAAUGCAGAGACCCUGAGAUGUGAGCAAUCAUCACCAGGAAACAAGUGGAGAUCAGCACUGGGUAGAAUCAAUCCACUGUUCCCAUUUGCCAUCUUCAGUGCUCCUUACCACAGCUUUCUCAGAACUUCCCAGAAAAGCUGUUGGGGCAAGUGAAAGUGGGGAGCUAUGUGGAAGCCCAAAAAGACAUCUAAACAGCUGGCUGCCUACCUAGUCUGUGGACCAAAGUCAAAGGUUCUUUCCUUCAACUCAUGCCCCUCCAUUCAAGGUAUAUGGCUGGAUGCUGGAGGAGUAUUGAUAUAUGGUGAAGGAUUUUGACCCCCUGGAACAUCUGUGAGGGCAGCUAGGAAGGAUAAGUAUCCACUGCCAUUUAAGGAACAAAAGAGAAAUGAUGGGAUCCUUGGGAAAGGCUCAUUAAAAUGCAAUAGAGGUCUGGGACCCUUGGGAGGGGAUAAGGUAUAAAACUAUUAACACUAGUGACAAGGAGAGAGACACAUGUACAAGGAAUAGAUUUAAGGAGGCAAGAAGGAAAGGAGAAACAGGAAUGGAGAAAGGAGUGAAAGAACAGGAAAGGCAGAAGGAAGGCUUGAGGAUAGGAGAGAACAGUUUGGGCCUUGUGGUACUGAUCCUGGCUCUUCACAGGAUUCUGCUAUUGCUUGCCUUCUUCAAACCCCUUUCUUCUUCACAUUGCCCUGAGGCCUGCUUAGUUCUAAAUUUGUGCCAAUAAAUCAGUCCAGGGCUAUAAAACCAUAUGGAAGGGUACAAAUUAGACUUUAUCCCAGGAGCCUGGGAUGAUGGGUUGUUUGUGCAGAUUAAAAGGACUUUCAGACCCUUAGAGAGGGGCAUCCUGUAUCCCAGUAGGCAAUCAACAUUUCUAAAUCACCUGGGAGGCACUGCAGACAAAAAUAGAAAAUAGUCCCAGACUUCAAAAAGCUUACCUUCUAAGGGGGAGAUAUACACAUAUAGAAUAUGUAAUAUGUGUGUAUAAAUACCCCCAACCAAUGUAUCUACUUUGGGGCUCUUCCCCAAAGGGAAGCUACUAUCUACAAGGUUAUAUGGUACCUUGGGGGUUUAGGAUUUUAACACCAUAAUUCAUAAGCCUCAACUAUUGUAUUUCUCUUUGACAGAAAGCCAGUAAACAUAAUUAGUUCAAAGCAAAGACAUUAAGGUGGCAUGAUAAGAAUAUGAUAAGAACCUACAAAAUAAGCCCCACUAAUCCUGAAACACAUUAUCCCACAAUACAUACAUCAGCUCUGGGAAGAAUGGACUUAAAUUUAAGAGGCAAAACUCAGAAUUUAUGAUGAAGUGCUACAGUGUUUAUUAUUAUUAUUAUAGAAGACUCAGGUACUUUACCUCUGAAUAGCAGGGUGUCUUAUGGGAGGGGAUUGCUUAAAUGGGUACAUGGAUCUGUUCCUCUCUGCAUACAAAAUUCUAAGCCUAUAACUGGCUCUUUUUGGGGGAAGGGGGAGAGUUGUUAACCAAAUAUUUAUUUCCUCAAUCCCUUAGGCCUGCCUUUCUGGUACUUUUAAACAAUUUUUUUUCUUACCCACUUGUAAAUGACAGUCUUGUUCUGUGUGGCCUUAAAAUUUCUUUUUGACAUUCAGGUUCUCCGUUUUGAAUUGCAUUUUCAUAGGAAGACAAACAGAAGAUCCACAAAAGUUUCUAUCAACUGUAGAAUAGAAAUGAUAGCUACAGGCCCUAUUUAUACUUCAUAUAUAUAUUUGCUGCCACUGCUUUGGCUCUGGAAGGUUUCCUCCUAUGCAAAAUUGUAUAAUAAUUAUUACUUAGUGUUAAAGCACUGAAGGCAAUUUGAUAAAAGUGAACUUGCCUUUAAGGGCUUUGGAAAUUUAAAGAAUUUGGAUGUUAAUCUCUUUAAUCUCUCUAGUGAUAUGUUCCAUAGAACCUUGUAUCCACAGUAGAGCUGUAGCCACAUAGCUAUUUAUUUGAAUUUGUUAUUAUAAAGAAAACCGUUAGUACAAUUCUUGCUAAAAAAUUUUUAAGCUAGUAAGUAAAAUUGUUUAGAAUAUGAGCUUUUGUCAUAAACUCUUACUCUUUAGCAUUCACAUCUAUACAAGCUCAAUCUUGCACUCCUCCAUUAACCUUUUGCUUAGGAAGAAUAAUUUCCAAGUAAGUAGGAAAGAAUGCUAAUUUUUCUUUGUUGUAUUCCAGACCUUCCUGAGAAAGAACGGUGGGUUUUAAAAAAAAUGUUUCUUUUUUUCAUAAUUACCUAAAAUUUUUUUUUAACUUUCAUUAAAAUUUUUUUGAACCAAAUUCUUCCCUUCCUUCCCCUUUUCCCCCUCAAGAGAUGGCAAGCAAUCUAAUAUUUUACAUGUGCAAUAAUAGAAAACAUUUUUCUAUAUUAGUCAUUUUGUGGAAGAGAACUAAAAAAAAAAUUAAGAAAGUGAAAUAUAGCAUGUCUCAAUCUUAUAAUUAGCUCCUUUCUUUGCUGUCAAAGAUCUUACUCCCUGAAAGUACUUCCUCCUUCAAGUGAUUGCCUCACUUUAUCUAUAACUCUCUGGGGAGUAUCUCUGCUCUCAAGGAUACCUGAAAUUCUUUCUGAGACUCUUCCAACUAUGGAAUGGCUACACAUCUCCAGGUUGAGUAUCAAUACACCAAUUCAAGUAAAGUGCUUAACAUUCCUGGAAUAGCUAUUUAAAGACUCUAAGGCUUUAUUUAAUUUAAAAAGGUGUUAUGGUUAAUUUUCAGCUUAACAAAAGGUUACCCCUUUGAUUUCAGUCAGAAAAAGGUUUUCAAUUUUCCCAAAGGGAUUAACAGGGCAGUUGUUGUUUAUCUGAUUUCAAAGACUACCAAUGCCAUCACAGAGCAAAGCCUUGACUUGUGCAUGAAUUGGUUUUAAGUGAAGCAGUUUCACAAAGGUGUCAGCCUCACUUUCUCUUCCAGAGCCCAUCCAAGUCCAGUGGCAAGACAACAGUCAGCACAACUAGUGAUGCUCUAGGAUAUAGUGGAUGGCAGUGGCAUCUUCAAUGUUUGACAAAGCUCUAAAGAGUCAACAGCACCUGGUUCAGCUGCUUUCAUAGAAUAACUUGUUUUCAUCUGCCCAUUCCACCUAGGGACAUCUUCACAUGCUUAGGGUAGGCCCUCCCCUCCACCUCAACUCACCACAGGUUUGUGACCCAUAAGUUACCCUCAACCUGGUUUAGCCCAUCUGCCAAGAUAGUUUACAGGGUGUGGCUGCCCUGCAAGGUACAGAUUUUUAAGAGACACAGUUGAGAGUUGAGUGGACACCAGAGGUGUUUAAGCAGCCCGGAAAAGAGCUUGCAAGCCCUCACAUCAAAAGUGCUAGUCUUCCUUGGAUACCAUACAAGAAUCAGUGUGAUUAAGUGGAAAAAACACAGGCCUUGGAGUCAAAAGACCAAGGUUCAAAUCUAACACUCUAGGACGGGGUGGGGUGGGGGGGCAAAUUCCUAACUUCUUUUUGCCUCAGUUUCUUCAACAUAAUAGUAACAUCUGUCAGUUUAGGAGGGAACAAAAUAUCCCCCUUUUUAAAAUAGGUGUGUGUAUUGGACUAGCUGGCUUCAGAGGUCCCACCUAGCUUCAGAACUACGAUUUUAUGGGUCCAUUACCUCUGUCUAGGAUUCUUUUGCCUUGGGUGUAAACCGAGGGAGUCCAAGAUUUCCAGCCCUCACUAGACUUCUGACUCCACCCCCAUGACGCCUUCACUUCCCACGUGACCAUCCCGCCCGCUCUCACAUCACAUCUCGCGAUAUUCUUACUCUUUGGGGUAGCCAGGAUUUCCCCGAAUCCGGAAUCACGAGCUGCCCGAUCCGGGACAGGAGCACUUCCGGGUGGACCCCGGGGAGCAGCGGCAUCAGGAGGAGUGGCCCGAGUCGGGGGCUCCGCUUCAUCGGAGCAUCCUGCGCAUGGGCAACAGCACCCACUAGAAAUCAUUCGCUGCUUACCGCCCAAAAGCGGCUCGUGGUUGGAGUAGCAGACAAAGACUUGUUGGAAA